GAACUAACGAACUAAUGAACUACCGUAGGAAUUACCAUCCACCGCCCCAGAUUAUCUCGAUCUCCAUUUCUCCUCUUCUCUCCACCUCCACCUCCUGCUCUCCCAGCCCAACAAUAAACCUCCCUACCCAUAUCCAAACGAAAAGAGAGAAAGAGAAAAAAAAAAUAUGUCGCUAAUACAACCCCCCUCAAAAAUCACCCAAUUCGCCAAUUUCACGCGCUCCUCCGCCGGACUCGAAAAAACCCUCCGUCUCAUCCAAGCCGUCGCGCAGAUCGUCGCCGACGUCGCGGCGGACCGCACCGUCGCGUCGCAAUGGGGUCUUGCGAAGGGGCAGUUGGCGCUUUCCCGUCGCUUCUUCCGCUUCUUCAACUUCAUCGACUGCUUUGAUCGCGUGGCGGGGCUGUUAGGAGGGCGAGUUGGGGGGAAUGAAGGCGCCUUGACGCUGCUGAUCGAACUGGCCAGGUGGUCUUGUCUCGGCGGGUAUUUUUUGUUGGAGGAUUUGACUAUCCUCCACGCCAUGAAAAUCCACCCCCCCAAAUGGACCUGGAACGUCACUGUCCUCGAAGAAGCAUACAAGCUGUGGUUUUACGCGCUGUCGCUGUCGCUGGUCGGUGCGGUGUGGAGUUUACUGUUUACGGUGUCUGGGCCUAGCACUGGUCCUGGGAAAGGAGGGAAGAAAGGCGGAAAGAAGAAUGGGAAGGUAGCAGGGACGAGUAAUCAGGCUCUGCGCAGGACUCUGCUCAAGCGGAUUGUGGUGGAUGGCUGCGAUCUGCUGAUUCCCGGGGUGUUUCUGGGGUGGCUGGUGGUUGGGGAUGCGGUGGUGGGGGCGGCGAUGGUGGUCAGUACGUUGCUUGCGGGGAGGGAUGUUUGGGGGAGGGUCAAUUCUUGAUAUAGAAU